CCUGUUGAUCUAGUCGCCCCGAGAGCCGUGUGUGGAAAGCAGCUUCCUCCGCUACUGGCGCCGCGCUCGUGCCGCCUCCCGCACACCUUGGCUCCUGCACGCGUCUUGCUGUUCAACUGAGCUGUACCACGUGCAUCCUACCACACUUCCUACACUUCUCGCCCAGCACACUUCGCUUGACCUCGCCACACUUGUCAUAUACUUAAUGCUCCUCACGUGGGUGACAUAAAAUUGACAUUCUCAAAGAGGAGCAAGAAAAUUGUUGCCCGUAAGCACUGUUGGACUGCGUUACCAUGCUUGGGGAGGGUGAAAGGGGCGGUGACGGUGUACAGUGCUCGGCUCGCUCUCUGUGCUAGCAAGUUAGUAGUACUUGUACGAUGCCUGCCCGGACAGGACUACUGACGGUGCUCCCUCAGACAGCCUCCAUCCUACUGCUUGCGGCGGCGGGUGGCGUCGGGGUGCUGGUGGAGGGCGGGCUUCAGGACAACGCCACGGAGGGAUCGUCGGGCAUAGCUAAAGAGCUCUCCCACGCGGCGCCGCCCAUCGAAGCCCACAAGACGUCGUUCCCGGGUCGCGUCUCGGCCACGUCCCCCUACAUCGACCCCGUCACGCCGCACAGGGUCUACGCCUACGCCGGCACCACCGCCUUCAUCCCCUGCGUCGUGAACAACCUCGGCCAGCGCUCGGUGUCAUGGGUGCGGCAUCACGACAUCCACGUCCUGACUGUGGGUCGCUUCACCUUCACGAACGACGACAGGUUUGAGGUCCACCACGACGAUGGGAGUAACGAGUGGCUCCUCAGGCUCAGGUCGCCGUCCACCAACGACACGGGAAUAUACGAGUGUCAGAUCAACACGAAGCCGACCAUCACGCAACUCAUCCACCUCGAGGUGCUAGAGCCCCGAGCGGUCAUCACGGCGGGCCAGGAGCUGUACCUCGACCGCGGCUCCACCCUUCGCCUCACCUGCCAGGUCCUGGACGCGCCAAGCACCUCCGACUUCCUGCUGUGGUACCACGAGCAGAAGGUGGCCAACUACGAGGUGGAGAAGGUGGAGGUGAACGUGAGGGUGAACAACGACACCACGAUCAGCACCCUCACCCUGCGGGACGCCCAGGUGCACAACUCCGGCCAGUACACGUGCAGCCCUUCCAAUGCCCGGCCCGCCUCCAUCCGCGUGCACGUGUUGAGCGGCGAGCACCCGGCAGCCAUGCAGACCAACGGGGCUCAGACGCUCCCAGGCCCCCGUGGCUGCUUCCCCUUGGCGAGAAUGUUGCCCGCGAUCCUCCUUUCUUUACCUCCACUCUUCCGCCUCCACUUCCAACUCCACUUCGUCUUUCAUUACACUUCGUGAUAAGGGCAUAAAAACUCAAUUUUUUUCCACUUACUAAUUUUCUAAUGAUUUGUAAAGGAUAAAACAACUAAACGACAGACUGACUGACUCGGUCACUCAAUCUAUUAAUUAAUGGCUACAUGACUGAUUGACUAACCUGCUGAGUGAUUACCUGACUUGCUGGCUGACUGACUAGCUGACUGGCUGACGUACUAAUUAACUGAAUCACUGACUGACUGAGUGAUUGACUAAUUUGACAAUACCGCAAUCAACUUCGGCUGAACUUUUUUUUAAACAACUAACGAAUAGCUGGACGUGAUAUCAUGUGUUGGUCUGAAGGGCUGCGGAAUAAUUCUAACACUGGAAGCGAUACAAAAAUGGCAAAACAGUGAGCGAAUGAUAUUUAGUGCAUUGGUAAACAGGCGGACUGAUUGACAGACACACUGACCGAUUAACUUUAAAAUACACACACGCGCAUUUAGUUGUGCUUAUUUAUUUUGGGCUUUUGGCUAGCGCUAGUAAAUGACUGAAAACAUGUCACGCUGAUAAAAUAAUACGAUUAAUCUUCACGGAAGGUUAAUGAAAGACAAACUGCACCGGAGGAAAAAAGGGAAAAUGAUACAAAAUAAAUCACACACACACACACACACACACACACACACACACACACACACACUCUCUCUAUAACUACACUCUAUAAGCUAAUUUGGGGAGGGUUUAAUUGAUUAACUGGGGUGUCCCAUCAUUCUGCCGCAACUAUCACGGUUAUAUGGCGAUCGGGAGUCCAGCGCGUGAUCAGACCAAGAGGAAUGAAAGUUAUACCCAAACCAACAACACACGCACACACACAAAAAACUAACAAAUAAAGAAAUAAAUGGAAAAUAAUGCAGCAAGUUUAUCUCUUAACAUACAUUUCCUUUACGGUGAAUGCCCUUGGAAGUCUCUCACCCUCCUCCUCCUCCUCCUCCUUUUCCUUCUCCUUCCCCUCCUCCUCCAACCAGGGCCUCACUCAACCAAGUGCCUCCCACACGCUCCUCCCCGCGAGUGGUAGCUUCUAAGGACCCUUUGUACACUUUCUGUCAUUGUAAAUAUAUACCUGUAGGGGAGCCGUGCCCCCUUCCUGCGCAUGUUUAUAGAAACUGACAUGUAUACUGAUCUCUAUAUGUAUACAGUGUGUGUGUGUGUGUGUGUGUGUGUGUGUGUGUGUGUGUGUGUUAUAACGUACCUACUUGCCAUAGCAAAGCUACUUUUACUCUGAGCAAGAGCUAAAGACUUCAUGAGUCUUGGGUGAGUGAGGCGAGUGUGGGCAACAAUGGCAGGCAGUUCCGUCUUAAAAAGUAUUCAAGGUUUCAGCUAAAUGUCACGAAUGGGUAUUAUCAUUGAUUAGAACAGGUAAAGUUAUACAAUUAACCAUUAAUGAUGAGCAGAUGAAAAUAAAUAAAACAGAUGACGCUCUGUGCACCACACCACGGUAAUCCUGCCUAAGGUAAAAAUUGUAAACAUGGAUAUACUUUACCACGCAGUCGUCUCCCGUACUGCACCGUGCACCUCGCGAAGAGAAACUACCGCGGAUGCCGUAUAGAUGACACGGCUGCUGGUGGGCUUCCGGGUGAGGCCCGCCUUGUCUCGCGUAUGAGAUCGAACAACCGACGCAACAAGGCGAAACCCGAUGAACUUAUUUAAACAAGACUCGAGACGGAGCGGCGCGGGUACGAACAGCCAUGACGAACUGGAAACAGGCCUGAGGAGUGCAGGGUUAUGGCAGUGUGUGUGUGUGUGUGUGUGUGUGUGUGUGUGUGUGUAAAUAAGAAAAUUGUUGUAUAUAAACCAGUGUGUGUGUGUGUGUGUGUGUGUGUGUGUAAAUAAGAAAGCUGUUGUAUAUAAACCAGUGUGUGUGUGUGUGUGUGUGUGUGUGUGUGUGUGUGUGU